CGUGACUUAAAAUAGAGACCGCCGUUUCUUCACAACGUUUCCUUGUGCCUAGAGAGGACACCGGCUGUCGUACGUUUUGUGAACUUUUGAGUUACGAUCUUGGUCAAGUCUAUUUCCACAACAUGGGCUGCUGUUCGGGUAUCAUCAGAGUGCUUCUCUUCAUCUUCAACUUCGUGUUCUGGCUGAUAGGCCUUGCCCUGCUGGGUAUCGGGAUCUGGCUGCUGGUGGACCCUGCCAGUAAAGCUAUCCAGAGUGUCCUGUCGUUCUAUGGCAUCGCGGUGUACAUCAUCAUCGCGGCGGGGGCCAUCACCACCGUGGUCGGCUUCCUGGGCUGCUGCGGGGCCUGCAAGGAGAGCAAGUGUCUACUCAUCAUGUUCUCGAUAUUCCUCGGGAUCAUCUUCGCUGUGGAGGUCGCUGCUGGCAUCGUGGCCAUCGUCCAAAGAGGUUUGCUGUCGGACCUGAUUACUGACAGUUUUGCCGACAUCUUAAAUCAAGAGCCUGACUUGGAAAGCUUGACCGGAGCGGUCAAAGUCGGUGUCGUUGCCAUGCAGGCCGGGCUCCAAUGCUGUGGACUUAAUGCCACGAGUAACUGGGCAAACCCGCAACUUGAAGACAGCUGCAAAUGCACCGGGCCUACGCAAGGCGUUCCCACGGUUCCACCCGGCAUCACGACUGGACCUACUACCGCAGCUCCGUCAACAACAAGCGUGGUGAUGACAACUUCUAACGGCUCCGUCCCUGUCGGACCUGGCGGUGGCGGUACAGGCGGUGGGAGUCAGGAUCCGGACGCGUGUGUAGGAGGGCUGUACCAACCAUGCGAAGGCAAGCUGCAGACGUUCCUUGAAGACAACUUCCUGAUUGUUGGCGUGGCGGCUCUGGUCUUCUCUGUUGUCCAGAUCAUUGGAAUCUGCUUCUCCUGCAUUGUUAUUAAGAACGCAAACACCGACGUGGGGCCAGUUUAGAGGCUGCCGGACGCAAGGAUUU